AUGCAUGCCAAAAUCGCCCUCCUCCUUCCGGUCCUCGCUUUGGCCAACCCAGUCCCUCAGACAACUACUGGUGGUGCUCCUUCUCCAGAACAGAUCACUAUUGUUGACACGACGUACUCUGGUAACGGCUGCCCUCAAGGCUCCGUCUCUACCAGUACCUCAACCGACAAGACUGUCGUGACCUAUGGAUUCGACCAAUUCCAGACAUACAUCGGUCCCGGUACCACCCCAGCAGGCAAGUUCGAAGUCAACUGUCAACUUCACCUCAACUUGAAGUACCCAGGAGGCUUCCAAUACGCUGUUGUUGACGCCACCUAUCAUGGAUGGGCACGUCUUGAUGAAGGUGUGACCGGAAGCUUCAUCACAACCUACUACUUCUCGCAAGAUGCCGGCAAAACGCAAACCACGCGCAUGUCAGCCGUCGGCGGCGGUGCUCUUGUCAACGGCCAAGUCUAUACCAAGCAAGAUAAUGUAGAGACGACGGCAACCAUCUGGUCGCCCUGUGGCCAGAACGGCAUCCUCAACAUCAACAACAGGAUUGCGCUUACGAACAAGAAGUCCGACCAGGCGGGUGAGAUGAGCAACGAUGAUGCUACCGUUGCUUUCACCCAGCAGCUUCAUGUUGCGUGGAGGGCGUGCACGCCUGGUUCUGGAUCGGGCUCUGGUGGUGCCGACACUAUUGGAAUCAACAACCCCAGCUCGGAGACCACCUUUGGUCAGUAA